AUGCCCGAACGAUGCGUUGUCUAUGGCUGUAACAACACAGCAAGAUCAGAAAAAGGUGUAUCUUUAUAUCGUAUACCUUACUGCGACGAUAAUCGGCAAGUAGCAAAAGGCAGGCGAAAGAAAUGGUUGAACUUUAUUCGGCGGAAGAGAGACCAAUGGACGCCAAGUUCUGGUUCAGUUGUUUGCUCAAAACACUUCACGGAAGACUGUUUUGAAUACGGUUCCGACACAGUCCCACUAUACAAAACCCCUAAGCUUAAACGAGAUGAAAUUGGGAUUACUGCUGUUCCAUCUUUGAUGCCAAAAGCGACAUGUUUGGAUAGUGAACGCAAUGUGCGCCUACAACGCAGAGGAAAGGUAUGAAUAUGUUUCUUGUAUAUUUUCUAGUGUUUUAGUUUGAAUUAAAAUAAAGUUCGAAUCGUGUGUAUUUAGUCAUAUUUCAUGCAUUUGUGUUGAACUAUUUAUGAUCUUUGAAUCUCUAUAUUUAUAGCUAUCAUUUAUGGAAGAAGGACCUUCGACUAGUAUUAUGGAGGAGCCUCAGGUAUGUUGGAGUUUGAAACAAUGUAUCACAUUUCCUGUAGUGAUGUGUGAUAAUUUAUCAAGGCAAUGUCAGUCGUUACAUGUUUGUAAACCACAUACAAAUAGAAUAUAUAUAUUAUAUAUAUUAUAGAUAUCAUAUGUGGAAGAACCUUCGACUGGUGGGGAGAUCUUUGAGGAGCCUCAGCCUUCUACCUCGGCAAACGUAAGUAUCUAUGUCAGCAGUGGUCGUUUGUAUAUAUACUGCUUGUAAACUCCAUACAAAUAUAAUUAAAAUGUUAAUUAGUGACAAUCUUACAAUAAUUGGUGCUGUUAUGAGUAUAUUUUUUGUGUUUUAGUUUGGUGAACAGUCUGAAGGCAUUCAAUGUGGCAAUUGUGAAUCCUUAUUGAAGAAAAAUAGACAGCUUCGUCUAAAUUGGCUGUCUGCAAAACAUAAGCUUGAAAUUUGCAGAAAUCAAAUGAACUCACAAGUGGAAAGCCAAUUAGGUGAGUUACUUGCAUUUCUUUUUGCCUUACAUAAUUAGGGGGGGGGGCCGAGGGGGUGUCCAGACCAUUGCAGAACAAGUCUGAUUGCCAUUGCCAUAUAUAGAUGUAUUAGUGUUUCAUUCACACCCAGUGGCCAGUUUGAUAAUGGCUACAUACUGUAUAUAUUAACGACAUUUUUUGAUCAUCAGGAAAUGAUUCCCAAGACAUGCCUUCCAGCAAUGAUCCCACACCUGCAAGUAUGCCAAUUGAAAGCGAUGAUGAGCAUUCUAGUUCAGAUAUUGGAUUACCUACAUCAGAUGCUGUUUUUGAUGAAGAAGCACCAAUGGAAUCGACAGAAACAGAGACAGAGGAUGAGACAAAUCCACAGCAUAAAAAGUGAGUGCACAACCCUGAUAAUAGAAUAAAAUGUGUGGGUAGGCUAAGAACGACACCAGUAGUUUGUAAUUACAUAUAUCAGAGGCAACCAACAUAAGCUGUAUGGAUUUACUAAAUAUGUGUUAAUUUUUCAGGGUUUUUAAUGAUUCUAAUUUGCGAAGAGAACCAAAGUUCAUUGUGUUCUUCACCCAGUUGCUUACACUCUUCAAAUUUUGCCAUGCCUGCAAAUUUGACCAUCCAUUAAUUGAUGUUCAAGAGAAUGGUACAAUGGCUGAAGUAACAUCCACAUGUGCUAACCCAAAGUGUGGCAGGACAACCAAGUGGUUCAGUCAGCCGUAUAUGACAGGCACGAAGAUCCCAGCUGGCAAUUUCCUUCUAUCAUUUGCGAUACUUGUUGCUGGAACAUCAGCCACAAAAGUGUUGCGGGUAUUUAAUCAUAUGGGAUUGAAAUGUAUCUCACUUUCAACAUUCUUCAAACAUCAACGUGUGAGUGUUGGUACAUAAUAAAUGUUUAAUAUUAUAAGGGGCCAUUUAAUCACACGAUCCUGGCCGGUUUGGAAAUUACAUAGAUAGGGUACCAUUGAGCACUCUUUCUCCCCUUGAUUAGUAAAUUUAUACUUGCAUUUUUAUUCGCAGGAAAAGCUAUUCCCUGGAAUAUUUAUUCACUGGAAAAAAUAUCGAGAGGGAUUGAUUCAAGAACUGAAGAACCAUGGUGACCUAGUGGUAGCUGGUGAUGGAAGGCAUGACAGCAUGGGCCACAGUGCCAAGUACUGUGCCUACACAGUAUUUUGUUAUACAGUGCCAUUAUUCACUUUGCACUUGUGCAGGUAUGUUACUUAGAAAGUACUGUGGAAAUUGUAGCACAUUAUAGCUGAUCAACUUGGAAGAUACAGUAAUGUAAUAACAACUGAAAAGCAUAAUACCACCCAGGGGAAUUUUUAAUGCAUUUAUACAUUAUAGAGGGUCCUGAAGGGGGGGGGGGGUCGUAUUCCCAUUUCCCAGCCCAAAUUUUGACUAAAUCCCAUUGUCCCAGAGCACAAAUCCCAUCAUCUCAGUGGCUGUCCUGCUCAAAUUUUAAUCCCAUUCCCAUUUUCUAUUGUUUUUUUGCUGAUGAAUCCCAGUCCCAGUGCAUGAAAUCCCAUUUUCCCACCCAAAAAUAAGCAAAUCCCAGUUCCCAUUUUACCCCUUCAGGACCCUCAUUAUAUAUGCAUGUAUUUAUACAGUAUAAUUUAUUUCCCAUUUCUAGAGAAAUGAAGCAGGUAGCAGUACUGCAAUGGAGUAUCAUGGUUUUGUAAGGAGCAUGGAAUAUCUUCUGGGCUGUGGAUUACUGAUUAAGACGUUUGUUUCAGAUCGACAUACAUCAAUUGCAAAGCACAUGAGGGAAAAGCUGGCCAACAUCAAACAAUAUUUUGACAUUUGGCAUUUGAAGAAAAGUAUGUUGCAAAUAAUAAUAAUAUGCAAUAUUUAUUUAUUUAUUCAAUAUCAAAAGUCCAUGUAUUCUUGCAUCUGAAAUCUGAAUACAUAAGAGUGUAUCAUGUAAAAUUAGAAUGCUGUUUUUAGGUUUGUAAUCCAAGUGAGUAUAUAUACACUUUAAGACCUGACCAGGAACGACUGUCAAAAAUGCAGCACAUUUUCCACAUUGCAUUUUUCGCAGUCACUCCUGGUCAGGUCUUAAAGUGUAUAUAUACUCAAUUGGAUUACAAACUUAAACACAGCAUUCUAAUAUUAAUUCCACCAAGUGAAGUGCAAGAAGCCGGAUUAUUGAGGUCCGCCUUAUCAUGUAAAAACCCAUGAAAUUUGACUGGCACCAGGACACUGAAUAGAAACUGUACAGAAAUAUAACUUCAUAUAUGGAUGCCUAUGAUUUUGGAGUGAUCAUUCACACCAUGGAUCUAGGCAGUGCGUUAAGGAGAGGCAUUCCCUCCUGAAUGUUUGCCAUUUUGAAUAUACAGGGGGGUGAAUGCCUUUCAUAGGCGCACUGGCUUAGUCAGCAUUUGAUGACAAAUCAUGGCAUGGCAUGGUUACGGUGCAGUUUAUAUUCUGUAACCAGGAUGCAAGAUAAAAUAACCGGGGUAUGAUAUUGCUCUGAGUGAGUGCAUGAGUGAUUGACAAUUUUAUUAACUGGUAAAGAAUAAAAUCAUAUCAAUAAUUAUGGAGAAAUAUGGAGCUUUCUCAUUUUUUGUUUCCUUUGAUGGUACCGGUAUAUAAUUUUUUUUUGCUGUAAUACCAUUCUAUUUUAGAAGUCACAAAAGUCUUGACAAAACUUGCUAAAGUUAGUGGCAACGAAAUAAUCAGUGAGUGGCUUAAGCCAUGUACAAACCACUUAUAUUGGAGUGCCAGAACAACGCAAAGUGGAAAUGGGGAUGUUAUUUGGGCUAAGUUUUCAUCAUUCUUCAGCCUUGUUGUUAAUAAGCACAAAAAUUUGACAAACCUGUUGUUUGAUAAGUGUGCACAUGCAGAUGAGAUUCACCCACGCAAGUGGAUGGAUGAAGGUUGGUAGUGCUAUGUCAAUGGUGUUAUAAUUAGUACAAUACAAUAUUCCACAAUUCCUCUAUGCAAUUGCCUGUAAAUCCUUAUCCUUGGGUCAUUGAAAUGACCAACUUCAUGCUCAGAUUUAUGACCAACUUCAUGCUCUUUUUACCUUCCAUACUGGGCUAAAACCAAAAAAUCCCUCUUCCAAUAGUACAAUCUCAUAAUAAGUAAAUUAAUUAAAUAAAAAGCAGAAGCCCUUUGGGGGUAUAAAAAGGAAUAAAAUUGUAUAUUCACAACUUGUGUGCACAUGAAUAGUUUUAAUUGUUCAAUAAAAUAAAUAUCUAUUAAUCAUUUUCAGGUUCCAUUGCUUAUGAGAAAAUGCUUGCAGCUUUAACAAAUAAAAAAUUGAUGAAUGUUAUAAAGAAGGCAUCUCCUAUUGGUCAGACAAGCUGCCUUGAAGGCUUUCACUCUGUACUGAAUCAAUUUUCACCAAAAAUGAUUGGAUACAGCUAUCCAGGAAUGUUCUGCAGGUAUAGUGAUUUUUGCAAUAGCAUGUUUGUAUAUUUAUCACUCUUUAAUUAAACAAUUGUAUUGGAAUAUUGAAAGAGGCGAGAUCUCGCUUGCCGGGAUGGAAAUUUCUCCAUAUAAACACUCACAAGCGGGCUAGCCCGAUUGCCGGGAUGAAAGUUCAAAGAUACCGCCGCAAGCUAUUUUUAGCAACUGUCAAAACAAUACAAUGUAACAAAAUUGUCCCGGCAAGCGGAUGAAAUUUUCUCAUAUAAACAAGAGAAAUCCAUCCCGCUUACCGGGCUGUCUCGCUAAGCGGGCCAGCCCGGCUUCCAUAUAUAUACAGGCCCUAAAUAACACAUGAGUCAGAAAUAAGAACUGACCUUUCCUUCGAGUCAACUUGUCUAUAUUUCUGACCACCGCGUGUUUUAAAAUUCUCGGUUGCGAGCUCCAAAGCCCACCUGUUUAGACAAAUCGCGUCAAAUCCUGGAUGGUUUGUGAUACACAUUUGUUGGCUAUUCGCGAGAGUCAAUGCAUCAACACACUUUGGUAUUUCAGUGCAACAGCGACAUUCCUUUGCAUCUACUAAAUUAUCUGUAUUACAGAAACCACAAUUACACCUAGAAAAAAAUAUGGUUUAGCUGUUAUGAUUUCAGUAUUAAUACAAUAUAGUUUAUGUAAACAUAUAUAUUCCAUCAGACCAUGGCAAUAUGGCGGCCAAAGAUAUUGAUUAUCUUACCAAGAAUUCACGGGGUUUUGUCCGUUUAGUCGAAGAUUUAAUUCCUCUAUUUCCCUGGUAUAUUCGUCUUGUCUUCUUUCAUAUUCUUCGACCCAUGAUUCGUCUGCAAGGGGCUCGUCAGUGUAUGCUAACGAGUCCAUGCUGUCUAGCAAUUCCUCUUCGACGGCAUAUGAUGGCUCACUCUCAUACCCAUCUUUUGACGUCGUUUCAAAAUCUUCAUCUUCAAUUUCAUAUUCAGGGCAACCAUAGGAGCCCUCGUCAACAGUAGAGGACGAUUCUGAGCUAGACAUAGCGAUUUAUCUUCAAAAUAAUUGAGUUUUUGUCGGCCGCGAUGCAAAAAUGUAAUUGAUUUUAUAAUACUUGACGAACGACCGGUUCCUGAGUCCCAGUCCCCCAAGACGACGGAUUUUUUUGAAAAUUGCCAUGUUUGAGGGCCUAUAUCUCAGAAACUAUUGAACUAAAUCAAAAAAGGUUGAAGAACUUAGUAACUAACUUUUUGUGCUCUUUCCAAAUUCGUAAAGAUCCCACAAGUGAUAUAGGCACUUUAAAUUACUUGUGGUGUCUGUUAUAGACCACCCAACCUAUCUGCAGAGGCUAUUGAUGAAUUUUUUACGUGUUUUCAAGAAAGUCUGAUUUAA